CGCGCAUGCGCAUUGUGCAUAAACCUUUGGAUUUAUUUUGGUAAAUUAUUGCGUUGUUUUUAUGGCUAAUAACGAGGAUAUUCAUGGGUUGCGGGAGUUAACGGGGGACCCUAAUGGUGUUACCCGUGUAUUGAGGGUCAAGGUCAUUGCUGGGAUCCACCUAGCCAAGAAAGAUAUUUUUGGAGCAAGUGAUCCAUAUGUGAAGAUUGUUCUAUUCCGAGGUGACCGAGACCUUGGUGAAAUAGACUCGCUUCAAACCAAGACAAUCAAGAAGACCCUCAAUCCAAGAUGGGAUGAAGAAUUUGCUUUUAGGGUGAAUCCAAGGGAUAAUAAACUACUCUUUGAAGUGUUUGAUGAAAAUCGACUGGUAAAAUGGCCUCUCCUUAAGACGCGUGAUGACUUUCUUGGUCAAGUCGAGAUACCCCUCCAGCAUAUAAGAACAGAGAGCCAUGAUUUGCGGAUUCCCUGCAAAGAUUACAUUCUACGACCGAGAAGCUCUCGGUCACGAGUGCGAGGUCACCUGAGGUUGUACCUUGCUUAUAUGCGAUUGGAGACUGAGACAAACGACACAGAAGACCAAGAUGACGCCUUGGAAGAAGAAAACGAGCCUGGUUGGGAGAUGAUCGACUCAACUCAUUCACAGCAACUUGAAGCAGACACUGCAAGUGUCACAACCACGGAAGCUGAAACAGAGGAGGAAUCUGCACUACCGGCUAACUGGGAGGAGAGACGUGAUGCGUCAGGCAGGGUAUUCUAUGUUGAUCACAGGAGUCAUAGAACCCAAUGGGAGCGACCCUCGCUGACCGGAACGAAUGACCUUGCACCUGGUUGGGAGGAAAGGCAGGACUAUAAUGGGCGAACAUACUUCGUCAAUCACACCACUCAUGCAACACAAUGGGAAAGACCUAUAGCGUCUACGCAACCGGAAGCAACAGCCGAAGAUACUCAGAGACAGACAGCUUUAGAUUUAGCACGACUUUAUCGCCAAAGACGACACAUCAGCCAAGAAGAUACGAUUAGCCAUGCCAGUACGGAUGAUCUCACGCAUAACGGAGGUCGAGUGGAACAGCCUGCAGCUAUUCAGGGUCUGAGGGACAGGUCAGUUAGUGAAUCAGCUGCCAGUCGCCCAAGACGAGCACGCUUUUACCAACAACAUUCUGGGCCACAGGCCAGCUCUUAUACUCGUAGCAGAACACCAUCCAUUACGAUACAAGAAGUCACCAGCACAAACAGCGCAGGAGCUUCACAGGAAGACGAUGAAGAACCAUUACCCCCUGGUUGGGCCAUGUCUUUUGCACCUAAUGGAAGAGUAUUCUAUAUCGAUCACAACACAAGACAAACAGUCUGGGAAGACCCUCGUAUCAAACAUCGCGCACAAAGUGUUGUGACUCAGUCUAGUCUAGAUAUUCCCUCCGCAAUGCCAAGAGCUUCAUCGAAUGAGGAUUUGCUCAGGGACCUCGGACCAUUACCACCUGGUUGGGAGGAACGGGUUCACACAGAUGGAAGGGCAUUCUAUAUUAAUCAUAAUAGCAAAGCAACACAGUGGGAAGAUCCCCGUCUUCAAAGUGUUGGUGGGCCGGCUGUUCCGUAUUCUAGGGAUUACAAACAGAAAUACGAUUACUUCAGAUCUAAGUUACGAAAACCUCAUAAUGUGCCUAACAAAAUAGACAUUACUGUGAACCGACGGACGAUAUUUGAAAAUUCAUAUCGAACAAUUAUGAGCAUAAAACGACCUGAUCUGCUCAAAACUAGGUUAUGGAUUGAAUUUGAGGGUGAGACUGGCUUAGAUUAUGGUGGUGUGGCCAGGGAAUGGUUCUACUUAUUGUCGAAGGAAAUGUUCAACCCAUAUUAUGGCCUUUUUGAGUAUUCAGCAACUGACAACUACACGUUACAGAUCAACCCCAAUUCUGGAAUAGCCAACGAAGACCAUCUGUCCUACUUCAAAUUCAUCGGUCGCGUAGCUGGUAUGGCAGUCUACCAUGGCAAGCUUUUAGACGGGUUCUUCAUCCGGCCGUUCUACAAAAUGAUGUUAGGGAAACCUAUAGUAUUAGCAGACAUGGAGUCGGUGGAUUCCGAGUAUCACAAUUCUCUUCAAUGGAUCCUGGACAACGACCCUGGUGACCUUGAAUUGACCUUUUCUGUUGAUGAAGAAUUCUUUGGCGAGAUGAAAGAGCGUGAGCUGAUUCCACAUGGUGGGGAUAUGAAAGUCACAGAAUUCAACAAAAAAGAAUACAUUGAGUUGAUUAUCAAAUGGCGGUUUAUAGGCCGUGUCAAGCAACAGAUGAUGUCAUUCAUGGAUGGCUUCAAUGAGCUCAUCCCACAGAACAUGCUGCAGAUCUUUGAUGAGAAUGAAGUGGAGUUGCUACUGUGUGGUCUCCAGGACAUCGAUGUGAAUGACUGGAAGAGGAAUACUGUCUACAAGGGAGAGUACAACCCCAAUCAUCCUGUUAUUAUCAACUUCUGGAAGGCUGUCUACUCAUUCAACAAUGAGAUGAGGAGUCGUCUGCUCCAGUUUGUGACAGGAACAUCUCGAGUUCCCAUGAAUGGAUUCAAAGAGUUAUACGGCAGCAAUGGACCGCAGCAAUUCACGAUAGAGAAAUGGGGCAACUCGGAGAAGUUGCCUCGGGCGCACACAUGUUUCAACCGCAUUGACCUGCCUCCCUUCACCUCAUACAAAGACACACGAUCAAAGCUUAUUACAGCAAUUGAGAGUACGGCUGGAUUUGAAGGCGUUGACUAAACAAGGAUUAGGUUCAUAAUUGUGUUCACUAUGCUGACAGUUUAUGACUUUUGUCUUCAUACCUUGGACUGUUGUUGUGAUUGUAAAGUAGUUUUAUGCAAGGAAUAUUUAUGACACCGCUUCAGCUCAGUGUGAAAAUUCUUGUCAAGUCUUAUGAGGAGGCUUCUUCAAUCAUCUACAUGGUGAAUGGAUAAGUAGCUGUCUGUGGGUGAGGAAUCGAGAAAUUCACAACAGUGCCAUCUCACCUCACACCCAUGAUGUGACAACAAGAUGAUGAAUAUAUACCUCAUGAAAAAAGAGUGUAUUUUCUAUAUUAUGCAAAUGUAGAAUAGGCCUAGUAUUUGUGACCUUGUUCAUUGCGCCAGUUCAGUAAGCUCCCUUGAAUAUUAUUUGAACAUCGGAAAAUAGUUUGUCGGUCUUCAAGUCAAGUAUUUCUUGCCUCAAAAUAGUAUCUGCUCAAAUAUACUGGUGAACUACCCUUUGGACUACGGCACAAUUUCCAGUCCCUAUUUUGAAUGAGUGAAUAUUUUCAGUAAUGUGCCUUCUUUUUCAUUUGUUGACUCUUUAAGUGCCAAAGAUUUCGGGGGGUAAUUUCAUGAAUGUUCUUGUUUUGAAGGGUUAAACUGGGACAUUUUUACUGUCUUAGAUCUGUCAAGUAAUUUGAACAGCACCUUAAAGAUGAAGGCAAGAUUAGAUUCUAUCCUGGGUUCUAUCACAUACAUGUAUUUGGCACUCUAAGGGUUAACCUGCGUAGUCAAUUGAACGUACCUGAUUAUGUUUUUUGGUGCUCUGUGCAUUGUGCAUUGUACAUACGUUCACAUAUAUUUCGAUUUCUCUAUGUGUAUCAAACAAAGGUUGAUCACUGUAAUUGUUCUUUGAUAUGCUAUGAGAUGCUAGUAUUAGAUGCUAUUGAUGUGCUAUUAGAAGCUAUUGAAAUGUACUUGUAUAUUUAACGGCCCGAAAAUAUCUGACAAUACAUUGUAUGAUAAUUUAGUUAUCAAGAGAUAUUCAUUCAAAGUUGUAAGAGAUAUGUAUAUAAAAUAGUUUAAGGAGAAAAUAUUUUCCACUUUUCAAAACUUGUAUAAAGUAUAUACUAUGUAUGUACAGUUUAUGUAUGUAAAAAGCUAACGUGUGAUAUAAUGCCUUUACUCUGUCACCACGGAGACCUGGGCUGGGGAAUACCAAAUAUAACACUCCUUCCUCCAAGUUUGAAUGCAAUUUUGUGUACACUCUUCCAGAAUGAAUAUUCAACUGCCAGUGGUUCAAAAUGAAUCCAGGCACCCGUUCUUGGUUUACAUACAUACAUACAAAUAGCAUUUAUAUAGCGCAAAAUCCAAUUAGAAAAAUUGCUCAGCUGCGCUUUGACAUAGGAGGUCGGAGAAGUGGGGAAGUGGGUUAUUAAUGUUUCUCACCUGUGUCUUGGAUGACCUGUGUCUUCAUCCUCAAGUGGGAUGUUAUCAAGCAGAAAUGUGCCCUUUUUGGAAAAAAAUAGGAAUGUUGUCAACCAGCAUGUUCCUUUAGUUUGACAAUUGCUAGUAAUAUUUGAGAAGACAGGAUAUUGUCUCAUGGUUUCAGUUCUAGCAUGUCUUUUUCAUAUUGAUAAUGCAUACAAUAAAAUGAUACUGAUAGUCAAUAAAUAACAUUGUAUAGUAA